UUUUAAUACAAAGUUUUCUAUGUUUGUCUUUGAUGUUGCGCGGGUUGUGUGCGCGGUAAUCUAAUCGAUAAUUCGUUAUUGCGUGAUUGCUGAUUUGUAUCCGAUUAAUGCUAUCAAAAAUUAAACUAAUAUGGCUAAAGGCGGUAAAAAAUCACAAAAACGAAUUGUGAACAAUGAAUUACCAAAUCCCGAGUGCCGUAACCAGGAGACCCCACGGGAACCACCUUUGGAUAUCGGAGAGCAUUAUUUAGUGCGGCGUUCGGAUGAGUCAUGGCACCCGGCUGAGAUAAUACAAACGCGGUACAACGGCGUGGAAAUGUGUUAUGAAUACUAUGUGCAUUAUGUCGGCUACGAUAGAAGGCUCGACGAGUGGGUUUCGCGCCACCGGGUUAUGUCCGAUAGGUUCGACGUGUGUGAAAACACCUCUAACAACAACGUGAACUCCGAUCACUUGCUCACCGACAAUUCCGGCCGCAAAAUAACCCGUAAUCAAAAACGUAAACAUGACGAAAUCAAUCAUGUACAGAAGUCGUACGCGGAGAUGGACCCCACGACGGCGGUUUUGGAAAAAGAACACGAAGCUAUUACCAAAGUGAAAUACAUCGAUAGGAUUCAGAUCGGCAAAUACGAAAUAGACACUUGGUACUUCAGCCCUUACCCGGACGAGUACGGAAAACAGUCCAAGCUCUGGAUUUGUGAGUAUUGCCUCAAGUACAUGAGAUUGGAAAAGACAUACAGAUAUCAUUUGAGAGAGUGUACAGCACGACAACCUCAAGGUAGCGAGAUAUACAGAAAAGGUACCAUCGCUAUUUUCGAAGCAGAUGGCAAGGAACAUAAAAUAUACUGUCAGAACUUAUGUUUGCUGGCUAAAUUGUUUUUAGACCACAAAACUCUUUAUUUUGACAUCGAGCCAUUUCUUUUUUAUAUUUUGUGCGAAGUCGACAAGCAUGGAGCUCAUAUUGUUGGCUAUUUCUCUAAAGAAAAAGAUUCUCCUGAAAACAACAAUGUCGCUUGUAUUCUAACUUUGCCACCAUACCAGAGACAGGGUUAUGGUAAACUGCUGAUAGCAUUUAGCUAUGAACUUUCAAAGCGUGAACAAGUUGUUGGUAGCCCCGAGAAGCCACUAUCGGACCUGGGUAAGCUAAGUUAUAGAUCCUACUGGUCCUAUGUACUAUUAGGAGUUCUAAGUGCAAGUCGCGGUACUCUCAGUAUCAAGGACCUGAGUCAGAUGACUGGUAUAUUACAGACGGAUAUAAUUUCUACUCUACAGUCUAUGAAUAUGGUAAAGUACUGGAAGGGGCAACAUAUUAUAUGUGUUACACCAAAGAUUGUAUCCAAACAGUUGGCCAGUUCACAUUUUAAGAAGCCUCGAUUAUGCAUAGAUCCUGAGGCAUUGAGAUGGACUCCACCAAAUAAGCAAGAUAAUUCUACAAAGGCAAAGAAGUAAGGCUUACAGGCAGAGCCGAGAGAGGAAGUUUGCAUGUGAACAAAAUUAUUUCUCUAGUUUACUUAAAUUUAUUGUAUUUUAUGACUUCACUCCAUGAUUCAACUAAGUUCAUAAAUUGUCUAACUAGCCAUGAAUAUAUACAUAACCAUAUUGUCAUGAAUAAAUAUUCUGUUCUUGGACCUUAGGUCCAUGUGGCAAUGAAGAGUAAUCUCUAUUUGCGUCAUAGCUUUGUAAAUAUGCAGCUACAUUAAACAUUAGAUAACUUUUAAAUUAUAUUCUAGAUGUUGUAAUUAAUUGUGUAGUAUGUAUGUAGUAUGUCUUUUUCUUUAUGAUUGUAUACUUAUUACUGAAAAACUGGCAAGUGUCACCUGUAUUUUAUUUUACCUGAUUUAAAAUGGUAAUGAAAGGUAAUAUGCGGCCCACAUUUACAAUUUGCCACUUGCAUGCCAGAUUGAGUUUUGAGAAGCUAAAGUACUUCCCUUGUCAAAAGAUUCUGCGAAUCAUCAGUUUCACUGUUUAUUUGUGAUAAUUCAUUAGUAGUAUAAGAAUAAGUGUUGUUCUGAAAUAAAUUUUAAAUGUAAA